AUGUCAAGAUUACCAAUAGAAUAUAAUGUUUCAGAAUUAUCAGAAUUUGAUGAAAGUUUUGUAUGCCAUAUUUGUUUUGAUACAUAUUAUAAAAAAGAAGUUUACCAAUGUAAAAAAGGUCAUUGUUAUUGUGAAGAAUGUUGGAAAGAGUCACUUAAAAAUAAAAAAGAGUGUAUGCAAUGUAGAACACAAGUAAAUUCGUUCCAUGAACUUUCAAGAAAUACAGAAGUUGAAAGGUUAUUAUUAAAAACUUGGGUACACUGUCCAUAUUUUUUCCGAAAUAUUAUUAGAGUAGAUGAAAGUGAAAAAUUAAUUGAAGAUAAUAGUAGUGGGUGUAAUGAAAUUAUUAUAUUGGAAAAAUUAGAUAAUCAUAUUGAAAAUUGUAGUUUUAGAUUUGUAAAAUGUAAAUAUCAUGAAAAAGGAUGCAAAGAUAAAAUCCGAUACAAUCAAAAUGAAAUUCAUAUUUCCAAAUGUGAAUACCGAUCAUUAAAUUGUAAAUAUUGUUCUAAUGUUUACUUAUUAAAAACAAUCGAACAACAUUAUCUCGAAUGUCCUUCGAUGUUAAUAGACUGUAAAGAAUGUAAUGAAAAAAUUAAAAGAGAAGAAAUGGAUAAGCAUUUAGAUAAAGAAUGUCAAGAGGUAAUUAUUUCAUGUAAAUUUUUACAAUUUGGGUGCAAUGAUAAAAUAAAAAGAAAAAAUUUAGAAAAUCAUUUUGAUCAAACAAACCACACAAAACAUUUCAGUACAGCAAUAGAACGUUUGAGCACAACAAUAGAACAUUUAAAUAUUAAAAACAAUCAACUUUCAAUUAGUAUAAAAGAAUUAAAC